AUAUGUUCUACAUAUAAACAGUUGAUUCCAGUUAUAAAAAUUAACAUUAAUUGCUUCCAAAUGUUCCUCUAAACAGGUUUAUCCAUAAAACUAUCAAGAAUGAAAUUAUCAUCGUUUCCUCAUGCUGUGAUAUACGACGACAUGGCCUCGUGCUCCGGUAUAUGGUGUUCAAAAGUGGGGGGACAUUCAUGGGAGGGCAAUCAGGAAUCAGCAGAAACGCGAACGUCUGUCAUCCGUGAUCGGUUGUCCUCUUCGACCUUUUUCAUCGUUCGAACAAUACCGGAUGAUUUUCUCCAAAGUGUUUCGACAAGUAAAUUGUUGAAAAGGAUACAGAAGAAGGUAUCAGUAAAUGAAAUCGAAGUAAAAGAGGUACGAUUGAAAAAAGAAAUCGGUAGUUCCAGCUGCGCCAAGAAUUGGAAUGUAAAAUCAAGAUGGUGGUGGCGGUGGACGGAUCGGUGCUCGGUAAUGUCACGCACUGUCUUUACUCUGCCCUUCUAUUCUUACUGCUGUAAUUCAGAACAGAGAAUGGAAUGGAUGGAUCGUGUCCCUUACUCCUUUCUACAUUCGGAGAGCAGAGUAGCUCUGACCGAGCAAUUGGAUAUCUGGCACAGAAAUUGGCCUUAUACAGACCUGGAUCCGAUACUGUGGAUUUGGGCUAUCACACCCUUGAUAAUAAUGCUUGUCAUUCAGCAUCUUCUCCAACAGUGGUUACUGUCUCUGUUAAGCAACAAUUGCCCCAGCAACAAAAGCGUAUAUAUAUUCCAGGUCUAUGUCAGUUAGACGAUGAAAUUCUUAUUAAAAUAUUUGGAUGGUUAGGUACAAGAGACCGAUGUGCUUUAGCACAAACAUGUCAUCGUCUAUGGGAAAUUGCGUGGCAUCCCUCCCUCUGGAAGGAAGUGGAAAUCCGAUAUCCUCAGAAUGCAUCUGCAGCAUUGAAUGCAUUGACACGUAGAGGAUGUCAUUCUUGCAUACGUCGUCUUGUCCUAGAAAGUUCUACAGGUGUACCCAAUGUACUUGCAUCACUUCCAUUCUCAAGCUUAACAACCUUGGUUCUACGUCACUCUCGCCGGGUUACUGAUGACAGUGUAGCCGCCAUCCUGAAUAACUGCUCUCAUCUUAAGGAAUUAGACCUCACUGGUUGCUCCGAAGUGACCAGAGCAUACUGUCGGAUAGCAACCUUGCAGCUUCAAUCAUUGGACCUUAGUGAUUGUCACAGUGUAGAUGACUCAGGACUCAUACUUACACUGUCUCGAAUGCCACAUCUUGCUUGUCUUUACCUACGAAGAUGCGCACGUAUUACAGAUACUAGCUUAGUAGCUAUUGCUCUGUACUGCACGACAUUACGUCAACUUUCUGUCUCUGACUGUGUCAGAGUAACAGAUUACGGAGUUCGUGAACUUGCUGCUCAUCUUGGCCCAUCCCUUCGGUAUCUGUCUGUUGGAAAAUGUGACAGAGUCUCUGAUGCAGGCCUCCUAGUUGUUGCUAGACACUGCUACAAGCUAAGAUAUUUGAAUGCAAGAGGAUGUGAAGCCGUAAGUGAUAGUGCUACACUUGCUCUAGCUCGUGGCUGUCCAAGAAUGAGGGCUUUGGACUUGGGAAAAUGUGAUGUUGGAGAUGCCACUCUCGAAGCUCUUUCUACUGGCUGUCCUAACUUGAAGAAGCUAUCCUUAUGCGGUUGCGACAGAAUCACAGACGCCGGUCUCGAAGCUCUUGCUUAUUAUGUACGUGGUUUACGUCAGUUGAAUAUCGGCGAAUGUCCUCGAGUUACCUGCGUUGGUUACAGGGCGGUAAAGCGUUACUGUCGGCGAUGCGUUAUCGAGCAUACUAACCCUGGUUUUUCUAGCUGAUCCUUGCCGACAUUCUCCAACUAUUUGCUACUCUAUUACAUCUUUUAUUGAAAUCUAUUUAUUAACAAAUGUUCUUCCAUCGUUCGCCGAGCUAUUUGUAAAAAGCGCAAGCGCCCUUCGAUUGGCUGUAAAAGUUGCCACAGUGCCGUUGGAUCCUUUAAGGAAUUCAAAUGCUAUUUAUUGUUUUUGUAAUUUAAUAAAUAACGUUAUAACAA